CAGUGGGAGGGGCAAAGCGAGUUUUCCCUAGGGAAUGUGCAAACCUAUCCCACAGUCACCCCAGUCAAGCUCUCGGUGUAGUUACCAUUGCACGCUGGGAAAGCAUAGUGGGGACAACAGCCCCGCCUCCCGGGCUCCGCCCACCGCUCUCAGUGCUUUCAGGACUUUUUCUUGGUUUCCACCGGCACCAGGUGACACACAUAGCUAACACUAUGGUCCAUCAAGUGCUCUACCGGGCGCUGGUCUCCACCAAGUGGCUCGCGGAGUCGAUUCGGUCUGGCAGCCUGGGGCCCGGCCUUCGGGUGUUGGACGCGUCUUGGUACUCUCCGGGAACCCGCCAGGCCCGCAAAGAGUACGAGGAGCGCCACGUGCCUGGUGCGUCCUUCUUUGAUAUAGAGGAAUGCCGGGACACGGCUUCACCUUAUGAGAUGAUGCUGCCCAGUGAGGCCCACUUUGGGGACUACGUGGGCAGUCUGGGAAUCAGCAACGACACACACGUGGUGGUGUACGACGGAGACGACUUGGGCAGUUUCUAUGCACCCCGAGUAUGGUGGAUGUUCCGUGUGUUUGGUCAUCGCACUGUGUCAGUGCUUAAUGGUGGCUUCCGGAACUGGCUGAAGGAAGGCCACCCGGUGACAUCUGAGCCCUCACGUCCAGAGCCAGCCGUGUUCAAAGCCACACUGGACCGCUCCUUGCUCAAGACCUAUGAGCAGGUCCUGGAGAACCUCCAGUCUAAAAGGUUCCAGCUGGUGGACUCCCGUGCCCAAGGACGGUACCUGGGCACAGAGCCAGAGCCGGAUAUCGUAGGACUGGACUCAGGCCACAUCCGUGGUUCAAUCAACACACCCUUCAUGAACUUCCUAACUGAAGAUGGCUUUGAGAAGAGCCCAGAGGAGCUGCGUGCCAUAUUCCAGGACAAAAAGGUGGACCUCUCACAGCCCCUCAUUGCCACAUGCCGCAAGGGGGUCACUGCCUGCCAUAUUGCCCUGGCUGCCUACCUCUGCGGCAAGCCUGAUGUGGCUGUUUAUGAUGGCUCGUGGUCGGAGUGGUUCCGAAGGGCACCCCCAGAGACCCGUGUGUCCCAGGGAAAGAGUGGGAAGGCCUGAGUGUGUGCAGCCUCCUCCUCUGCACACCAACUUCAGCUAGUUCCCUUCAGUGAGACCAGUGUGGCCUGCCAAGGGUUCACACCUCUUAGGCAAUGAAGAUUGACAGGAUUUUAGAGUUGCUGUGAGUGCCUCCUUCCCACCAUACUGAAAUAAAGUGCCUUUUCUCAGAA